AUGGGCACCCGAGUCUCCCGAGGGCGAUCCCGCAAAGGCUGCUUGACCUGCAAAAUUCGGAGGGUCAAAUGUGACGAGGGAAAACCCACCUGCCAGAGAUGCCUCUCCACCGGUCGACAAUGUGACUAUGUGGCCGACUCACCGAAAGUUCAUCUCCAGAUUGUCCCCGUCAACAGGGUGGAGACCAAAUUGUGGAAAGUCCCACAGGCGAACCGGAUACCCGAAUCCGACUAUCGAUCGCUGGAGUUCUUCCAGCUUCACACCACCCUCUGCUUCGGCAAGGACACCGGACUCCAUCUGCUACAGGCGGCUUACCAUGAGCCCAUCAUUCGGACCAUCGCCACGGCAAUCGGCUCGCUGCAUCGCUCGUUCGUGCACAAUGAGCGAGGCGCGACGCGCGACGUGACGCGGUUCACGUUUCAACAUUAUAACAAAGCGAUUCGACAGCUCCUCGCGAUCGACCCUCAAACCUCUCUGCAAUCUAGUGACAUGUUCCUGGUUGCAUGUAUAUUAUUCUACUGUUUUGAGUGUCUUCAGGGCCACUACAGCGUGGCAGUCCAACAUGCGACCUCCGGCCUGAAAAUCAUCAAGCAGCAGCAGUUGAUGGCGACGGGUCGCAAUAUCCCGAGAUACAUGCCCCGAGAGACGGUGACGGUACUCUUUGCCAUCUUGGAGAAUCAGAUCCUCGAAAUUCAAGGCGAGACCUCCCACGCCGAGGAGAUGCGACCGGCACUCUUCUCAUCAUUUAGCACACCCACAUUCGACCCUUCUCAUCCACCAACGAAUAUAGAGGAUUUGAGAGCCUGUUUUGAAUUGCUCUAUAACAGGCUCACACGGUUCCUGUCUGUUUGCGAGAUGCUGGAAGAAGAAUUCAAUGAUUCAACUUUUGAAUUUGUCGCGCAAAUCCAGUACCUGGAGGAAGAGCACCUUCAAGUCCGCGCGGACCUUGGGGCAUGGAUCGAUACCUUCGAAGCCUGGCUGGAUGCCGGCGGCACGGAGGUUGUCUCGGAGCCGCACAGUAUCGCGAUCUUGAAGAUCUGGAAGACGACGAUCUCGAUCAUGUUGGGGUUAGAAUGGCCAACGACAGAGCUCUCCUGGGACGAACAUCUUGACAAGUUCUCCCUGUGCCUUUCACUAAUUUCAGACCUCCUGGGUGUCACUUACCCAGAUCAAGAGCACUCCAAUUCGGCUUCGCCGCAUCAGACCCCAACAAAUAACGCGACAGCACUUCCUCUCCUGCGUCCACGGCCUUCCAAGACGCUGGCCUCAACAUUCUCCAUGUCUCUAGGAAUAGUGACACCACUCUAUAUGUGCGCAACCCGAUGUCGUGACUCCACUAUCCGCCAUCGGGCGAUCGACCUACUUUCGACUUGCCAUCGCAGAGAAGGACUCUGGGACUCCGAGCUCGUGGGGCGUAUCGCUCGACGGAUUGUGAGUAUCGAAGAAGAUGCGGCUGGGAUACUACCGGGUACACUCUACACGCCGGCCGAUAUUGGGAUUAUCGCACGUGUUCGGUCCUUAAAUCCUCAGUAUGGACAGGAAAGGGAGAUCAAGAUCCGAUAUAAUCGGGAAGGUGAUUGCGCUGCUCCCAUCGAAGAGAUUUUUACAUGGUAA